CCGCAGUGGUAGCGCCCGGGAGUGAGCGCGGGGCCCGGAGCGGUGCGGGAGGUGGUACCAACCCCCCCUCCCCUCAACACCACCCUGGGGUUCAGCACCAUGUUUGGGUCAUCCCGAGGGGGGGUCCGUGGGGGGCAGGACCAGUUCAACUGGGAGGAUGUCAAGACAGACAAACAACGUGAGAACUACCUGGGGAACUCCUUGAUGGCACCAGUGGGACGGUGGCAGAAGGGGAAGGACCUGACCUGGUAUGCCAAGGGCAAGAAGGAGAUGGCCCCAAAUUUGUCCCGUGAGGAGGAGUUGGCUGCUGUCCGGCUGGCCGAGCAGGAGGCCAUGAUGGCAGCACUUGGCUACAAGAACGUGAAGAGGCAGCCCACAGUCCUCAGCAAGGAGGACCUGGCUGAGGUGUGCAAGCGCGACGGCACCGAGCGGGAUGAGAAGGACGUGGAUCGAGUGGUGGGGUUGGGCAGCUCCAGUGGCAGUGCCGGGCGGGUGAUCCUCUCCAAGGAGGACAAGGAGGUGGCCAAGUUGGGGCUCUCUGUCUUCACGCACCAGAAAGUCUCCAGCAGUCCUGAUAUGUCUGGCUCCAAGAAAAAGCAGGAGAAGGAGGAGAAGGUGGAGGAGAAAAGACCAGAGACCAGCAAGAAAUCCAAAAAGGAGAAAAAAAAGAAGAAAAAGAAGAAACAUAAGAAAGAGAAGAGGAAGGACAAGCAUCACAAGAGGGAUGCUUCUCCAUCAUCCUCUGAUUCAUCUCCAGACCGGGACGAGAGGCACCACCGCAGGAAAACCCAACAGCGCUCGGACACCUCUGCUCGGCGUCGGCACCACACGGAUUCCUCUGCCAGCAGCCGGGAUUCGGGCAGGAGCCCAACACCACGUCCAGCCCGGAGGCGGAGCCGCAGCCGGAACCGGAACCAGAGCCGGAGCCGGGACGGUCGGGGUCGGCACAAGGGGAGGAGGAGGAGUAGGAGUAGGAGUCGAUCCCCUCCAUCCCGUGGGGUCAGGCAACGCCACGACACGGAUUCGGAGGACUGAGAAAAAGCCUGGGGUGGGGGUUUUUUGGGGAGUUUUGUUUUGUUUUUUUUUUGUUUUCAGAGAGAUCUCACAGAGGUUAUAGAUCUAUUUUUUAUUAAAUUAACUGAAAAGCCAGAGUUGCCAGGGGCUGGGGAAGGGCCGUGCUUGGUUGUCCCUUCCCUGCCCACAGGGAUCUCAGCCUGGAUUGAGCUCAGAGGAGACAGUGGGGUGGAUGCUGGGGAUGCUGCAGCUGCCUGGGGUUUGUGUCAAGAGACUUUGGAUGCAGUUCUUAUUAAGAGUGUUAUUAUAAUGGGGUUUUUAAUACCUUUUUUCAGUGCUCUCAAGCAACUGCCAGCUGAGUUUCUUUGUUAGGAACUUUUAUUUCUUUAGCUGGAGGAGAGGUUCUUUGUUAAAAUGACUUCACACUGGUUUGGGUUGGAAGGGACCUUAAAGAUCAUCUCAUUCCAACCCCUGCAUGAGCAGGGACACCUCCCACCAGCCCAGGUUGCUCCAAGCCCCAUCCAACCUGGAUUUAAACACUUCCAGGGAUGGGGCAGCCACAGUUUUCCUUAAACCUUCCCUGACUUUCAUCAGCUGCAAAAUAAAACCUGGAGUUUUCACA